UCAUGGGAAAGAAGCUGGUGAUCAUCGACACAGACUGCGGGAUUGAUGAUGCUCAGGCUAUAAUGAUGGCCUUGGUGGCGCCAGAGGUUGAGAUCCUGGGAAUCACCUGCACGUUUGGGAACGCAGCAUUGGACAACGUGUGUCAGAACGUCCUGAGGGUGCUGUCCGUCUGUGAGCGCAGUGAGAUUCCAGUGUUUCGUGGCUCUGCUGGUCCUCUGGUUGGAGCCGGCAACCCAUUCAGCGACCACUUUGGCGGCGACGGACUCGGGGAUGUACUCCAAGACAAAGAUCCAGAGUGGGAGAAGAAGAUCCAGAAAGAGCACGCAGUCAACGCAAUGAUCAGAUUAGUGUCUGAGAACCAGAACCAGGUCUCCCUGGUGGCACUCGGCCCGCUCACCAAUCUGGCCCUGGCUGUCAGGCUGGACCCGGGUUUUCCCCAGAAGCUGAGGGAGCUGUACAUCAUGGGUGGCAACAUGGAAGGGAAAGGGAACGUGACCCUUUGUGCCGAGUUCAACUUCGCAAUGGAUCCAGAGUCUGCCUACGUCGUUCUGGAAGAAUACCUCUGCCCCACUUACGUUGCAUCAUGGGAAUUCUCCUGCAGAAACGGACUUCCGUGGGAGUUCUUCGAGGAGCUGAUCAACCAGGACGCUCCUGCGGCGCGCUUCAUGAAGACGAUCACGUCCCAGUGCUCGGCCUACUCCCAAACCUCCCUGAAGAACAAAAGAGACGUGUUCUUCGGACCCCUCUUCGUCUCCUACGACGCCUACGCCAUGGCGGCCUGCAUCGACGGCGGCCUGGUCACGGAGAGCAUCUCGUGUCCCGUCCGCGUGGAGCUGCAGGGCGCCAUCGGCCGCGGCAUGAUGGCGCUGGACCGCACCAACGUGCUCAACAAGAGUCACAGCGUGUCCGUCCUGACUAAAUGUGACGUGGCCAAGUUCAGCCAGCUGCUCAUGGCGUCCCUCAGACAGCCCUGCACCAAGUAAAGUUUGGUGACCGGAGGAAAAGGUUGGUCUUUCCCUGAGCCACAAGGGGGCAGCAAAACGGUAACAUUAGCCAUCAUGAGGGGGCGGUGAGCACAACAGCCCUCCACUGAGGUCUCAGAGUUGUAGAAAACUAACAACCAGCCUGGCACGUCUUGUAAAUGUCAGCUCAGUUGUAUGUCAAGUGUGAAGUUGUGUUUAACAAAUAAACACAAUUCCAAACGAAAUGUUGCUCAACAGUCGUCU